UUGGAGCCGUGCGGUGUUGAUGCCUUCAGCAUCCCGGCGCCUCGGAGGUCUACUCCGGAAUCUACUUGGCUUUCUUUCCCCUUCUUAGUCCCUCCCUCCCUCCCUCCCUCAUCUCCACGCCUGGCUUCCUUGGCUAGCUAUCUCUGCGCUCUUUACCCUUUGCUGGCAACAGAUAAAAGGGGUCUGAGGAAAUACUGAGCACGGUCAUCCCAUCGCCUGCUCUACCCUUUAAAUUCGCAGCCCAGGGAGAUCUACGCACAGCCAGACCGGGCUGAACACCCAUCCGGUGAGACAGGAGGGCAGGUUUCCAAGCGCCGCUCUGCCACGCUUGGUCUCAGCGCUGGGAAAGUGAGGCGAGCAACCGACAGCCACGAUGCCGGCCCACAUGCUCCAAGAGAUCUCCAGUUCCUACACGACCACCACUACCAUCACAGAGCCUCCUUCCGGAAACCUGCAGAAUGGACGAGAGAAGGUGAAGAAGGUGCCCCUCUACCUGGAAGAAGACAUCCGUCCUGAAAUGAGAGAAGAUAUCCACGACCCCAGCUACCAGGAUGAGGAGGGGCCCCCGCCCAAGCUGGAGUACGUCUGGAGGAACAUCAUCCUCAUGGCCCUGCUGCACGUGGGAGCCCUGUAUGGGAUCACACUAGUCCCCUCCUCCAAGGUCUACACCUUGCUCUGGGGGAUAUUGUACUACCUAAUCAGUGCCCUGGGCAUCACAGCCGGGGCUCAUCGCCUGUGGAGCCACAGGACUUACAAGGCUCGGCUGCCCCUGAGGAUCUUCCUCAUCAUUGCCAACACCAUGGCGUUCCAGAACGAUGUGUACGAAUGGGCCCGGGAUCACCGCGCCCACCACAAGUUCUCAGAGACACAUGCCGACCCUCACAAUUCCCGCCGUGGCUUUUUCUUCUCUCACGUGGGUUGGCUGCUUGUGCGCAAACACCCGGCGGUCAAAGAGAAGGGCGGAAGGCUGGACAUGUCUGACCUGAAAGCUGAGAAGCUGGUGAUGUUCCAGAGGAGGUACUACAAGCCUGGCCUCCUGCUCAUGUGCUUCAUCCUGCCCACACUGGUGCCCUGGUACUGCUGGGGCGAAACUUUCCUGCACAGCCUGUUCGUCAGCACCUUCUUGAGAUACACUCUGGUGCUCAACGCCACCUGGCUGGUGAACAGCGCCGCCCACCUCUAUGGGUAUCGCCCCUACGACAAGAACAUUCAAUCUCGGGAGAACAUCCUGGUUUCCCUGGGUGCAGUGGGUGAGGGCUUCCACAACUACCAUCACGCCUUCCCCUACGACUACUCUGCCAGUGAGUAUCGCUGGCACAUCAACUUCACCACGUUCUUCAUCGACUGCAUGGCUGCCCUGGGCCUGGCUUACGACCGGAAGAAAGUUUCUAAGGCCGCUGUCUUAGCCAGGAUUAAGAGAACUGGAGAUGGGAGCCACAAGAGUAGCUGAGUUCUGGGCUUCUGAGUUCCUGUUCCAAAAGUUUUCUGGGCAGAGAUUUAAUAUUCUGUUGAUUAACUACUGGAUAAUGCUAUCGGAAUGUUAAUGAUGCAUUUAAACUAUUCCGGUACAGUAUUAUGAGAAAGCUUUGAUCAUGUUUUGAGGUAAUGCAUAUUUUAAUUAGCCAGGAUUAACCAUGCCACAAUACAUAUAUAUUUCUAAGCAUACAUGAUAAAUGCAUAUACAAUUGUGCACAUCAGCUUUAAAUAAUAACGAUGAAUUUGAACAUUCUAUACAAAGAGUAUUAAAGCCAAGGAACAUGCUGUUUUGAUGCUAGGGCAAGCAUGGUGCUCUUUCCCUGUUUGCACUGCAUCUAGCUUCGUUCCUUCCUCUGUCAUCACCAUCUUCAGGCAAAUAGCUGACCAGCCACUGGCCUGUGUCCACCUUCCAAAGCCCAGGCAACCUUUCUGCUUUCUGAAAUACUGAUCCUUCCUCCUGGAUAUGUCUUUCCUUGUUCUGAACUUUGAGAUUGCUGGCUCAGACUUGAGAUAGAACAAAAACCUUCUGGAAGUUCCCACUGGUGAACUUCACUACAGGUUUUGCCAGAGGGAAUAGGGAAAUUAUCUUGAUUGUAGCAAGUAGAUCACCUUGAGAGAAGAGUUAGCACGCACGGAAUGGUUUGUAAGUAAGGAUGGGAGAGAGCUAGGAAAAGGUAGCCAUAUCUAACGGCCUACUUACCAAAGACCCCAGGCCUCUCUGCAUAGCAUGACUCCUUCUAGUCCAUAUUCUGAACAACAGAGAUUAGUGAGAUUUGAAUAAUUAAAUUAUUUUCAGAGUGAAGGGAAUGGGAAAUGCAUGGUCUGUGCUAGGGACGGAGAGUGGGGAAGGGUUAGCUUUUGGUAACUGAAGAUUUCUUCAUGGAAAAAGUCUUAAUGUUAAAUGUGCCUAGAACUAGUAACUAAACAGCUGACAUUUGGAGGGAAUGUGGUGUAAAACUAUGUAAAUAUAAGCAAAAUCUGCACAUGGAACAUGAAAAUAUUUCACUUAGAAAAAGUGUUGCUAAAGAAAAAAAUUCGAAGGACAAGAGGUGUUGCCUGGGUUGCCAGUUUCUUUCGUGGCAGGGCAGGAAAUAGUGAGGUUGAAAGGCAGCAUCUGUAAGUAGAUGCUAAGAGGUACAUUUCUAAAUGAAGCCCUUGGGGAACAUCUGCCAGGGAUCUAGAGGGUGCUGGUUUCAUCCAUUGUUUUAAUUUCCUCCUCGGAUUGAGUAGAAACCUGACUUCUUGUGGUGUUGAACCUUCCCCGACUUCUUUGCUUUGUUGCCAUCCGGCCUGCCCAGCACUGCCUGAGGAGCGCCUACCCACCCUGAUUUCUUCUGCCAGCUCCUACCCACCCUGAUUUCUUCUGCCACUUCUUUCUUUGGCAUUCAUUUUUCUUUCUCUGGACAGGAAGCUAGUUGCCCAAGUGUAUCUGGAGCACCUAGGCUUGUCUCUGUCCAGGCCCGUUCCUCCUGGUAUCCUUGGGUGUGGAACUGCUGGAUAGCUUCAGGAAGCAGAGCCAGGUGCCACUUUUCUGUGGCUUCCAGAUCCUCCCUACCUCCACCCCUAUGUGCCUCUGCCACAGUAAUUUCAGAAAAGCUUGGUACACCCUCUAGCAACAUCUUGGUUCAGAGAGUCUCUCUGGCUUGUGAGUUAACAGCUCAGCCAAAUGCUGUGUUUUCUCAGUGAGGC